AUGCCAUUGCUGCAGGGGCCUGGUGCGGUCGUCGGCGUCGACUUCUUCGGACCGCUGCCAGUGACUGCCAAGGGCAACUCCUACAUUUUGUUGUUCACAGACCGUUUCAGUCGGAGAGCCGACAUGUCCGCGGUUACAGCAGCGGAACUUACGGUGAAAGGGACCGCUCACAUCUUUGUCAACCAAUACAUGACCAAGUGGGGAUGUCCGACUUCGUUAUUGUCGGACAACGGACUGCAUUUCUGCUCGAAGCUCUCCAUGGCGAUCUACGAGGUGAUGAAGAUCAAGAAGGUCACCACCAGCUCCUACCACCCGCAGACCAAAGGCGGCACGGAACGCGUGAAUCACACAAUGGUCCAGAUGCUUGCGGUGGUCGUCAACGAACAGCAAAACGAUUGAGACGUUCAUCUCCCGCACGUUGAGUUUGCCUACAACAAUUCCGCGAACCAGCCUACUGGAUUAGCGCCAAACAAGAUCCACAUCGGACGCAUCCCGCGACUCCCGCUUUCGGUCUUCGAUCAUCCCACGGUAGGUGGUCAUCAAAGCUUGGCCCGCGAUCAACUCGAGUGUUGCAACCUGGCUGUCGAUUGCCAGCGCCGGGCCUACGAACUUGUCCGUGAGUACAACGGCCUGAAGAUUUCGCGAGUCGAACGCCGCAAUUCAUCCCUGCUCGACGCCAUUCACAAGCCCCCUCAGUUUACCGUUGGCGGGUGGGCUUGGGUGUACAGCACGGCUGCAACGAUUCGACAGGGUGUGCAGAAGGACACGGACCAACAGGUGCUCAAGGCCAAAUUCGCACUUUCCUGGACGGGGCCCUACAAAGUUCUUGCGGUGGGUCCCGCUUCUGCCGACGCCACCCCGGACGGCAGCCCGUUGGCGCGUAA